UAAUACUUGAACCUUCAUUGAAUCUUUUAGGCUGACUUUGCAUGGCAUAACAUUGUUAAUCUCAGUCUAAUGUUUGACAGUAAAUUAAGAUAAAUAAUAAUAAUGCAUAGAUAAAUAAGUCAAAUUUUUUAUAUAUCUUUAUGUACUUGCAUACGUGUGUAUGAGUAAUUAAGACUUCUUUUUUAAGACAUCAAUUAAAGGCAGUGUCAUAUAUAUUUUUCAAAAUCCUAACCUUCAUCAACUAUGGAUGAAUCAAAAGAUGAAAUAAGAUACAUUGAUUUGUAUAUGGCACUGUGGAGAUUGAAUUCUAGUUUAUCUUGCAUGUUUCACUAUUUUUUGUUAUUACAUGUACCAAUAUUUUUUCACAACAAAAUUUGAUGCAACUCUGGCAUCACAAUAAAGGAACCAUUUGUUAAGAAUCUUUUUUACUAGUUAGGUUUCCAGAAGUUAUGAAAUUUGUUAUUAUUUGUUCCAAGUACAAUAAAACCUCUCAACUUGAGCAAGUUGUAGCUCCUUUCAAGGCCACAAAAGCCUAGAGGGGUUUUACAGUACUUGCAUUUUAUGUCUGUAGAUUCAAUUUAACGAUUCCUCUUUUCUCCUAUGUUAGCUUUGAUGACUCGGAGAUGUAGAAACUGUGCUCGCUUAACAAGUUCUGGAGGAACUAGUCCUUACACAGCAAGUUCAAAAUUACAAAACAACAUCAGUACAAGAUCUAAUGUAACUAGUUCAAAUUAUACACAACCAUAUUCAACCAGUUCAAAAACUGCUAGACCACAUAUGACUAGUUCGACCCCUCAUACAACAAGCUCCAGUAUGGCCUAUAGGUCAACCUUGUCUCAAGAAAGACCUAAAAGUGGGGGGUUUCUUGGAUCUGAAAGAAGAAUUGCAGACUUUUCUAAACCUUAUCCAGCUGGCUCUUCUAUGGCCCCUAGAUCUACUUUGUCCCAGGAAAGAUCUAAAAAAGGGGGGUUUUAUAGCUCUCAAGGGAACAUUUCUGAAUGGACUGAUUCUACUUUAUCCGAAGCAAGACCUAAAAAUAGAGGAAUUUCUGGCUCUCAAGGGAGUAUUUCUGAAUGGACUGAUUCUACUUUAUCCAAUGAAAGACCCAAAAAUAGAGGGGUUUCUGGCUCUCAAGGGAAUAUUUCAGAACGUACUGGUUCUAGUUUGUCUCAGUCAAGACCAGGCUCAAAUCCAACUAGUUCACAGUGGAAGAGUUUAUCUCUUCCUCGAUCAAAGCCACAAUCAGACAGACCUACUACAAAAAUGUCUAUUUCAACCUAUAACCAAUGGAUACCAAGUCCACAAAAAGCAACAUCAAAUAGGACCGGUUCGUUACCAAGACAACAUGCACGAAGCAAUGUCCACUCAAAUUCCCAAAAUAUAAAUGAUCCCAAUUCUUCGUUACCUGGUCAGCGUCCUCGGAGUGCCAUCUAUCCAAAUUCAAAUUUAACUAGUUCACAAUCACAAAUGACUAGCAGUUCAAUAAGGACUAGUUCCCUACCGAGAACUCGACUACAAAGUUCAAUCUACACAGAUUUUUAGGUAAAGUUUCAAAGCUCAAUGGGGUAGAUGUAAGAUGCCUAUGAUCAUGGUCUGACAUGCUGCAAAUCCUGUGUCAACUUUAUGUCUGUGAACCUAGUUGCUUGACAUGCUUUCAUGUGGAUAAAAUCACUAGUCUUUCAAAAUUGAUUAGAAUAAAGGGAAAUUUAUAUGCAUGAAAUUAGUUCUGAUGUUGGUUUAAAGACUGAAAUGGAUAGCUGUAUUAAAUGAGAGAUAAAAGGGUCAAGUAUGACCAAAAUGAUCAAAAGUGAUUUUAUCCAUGGAAAAUUGGACUAGAUUUGUCUUGUCUAAUUAUAAAGUUUUACAAAGGAAUCACGAAGGAACCAUUGUUUCUGAUUUUACCUUUAUCUGCAAGGUCUCAAUCUUGUGCUUUCCUGAAGACAUUUGCACUUAAAGGCCUGGUCAUUCAAGUGAUUCAAAAAAUUGCAAAGGGAAGCAAACAGAUGAAAUAACAGGGCCUCCUUAUAAUGAAGGAGACCCCUUGAAUAUAUUGCAAGUAAUAUGAUCAGAAAACUGAGGGUAGAAUGUUCAAUGGCCAGUCCCUUUAGACUUAUCCUUGGAGAGCAGUGCUACAUCAGUAAUCUGCCCCUUUGCUCUAUCUUAUGAUGAUUUUCAGAAUGGGUUCAUAUUGUUCCAUUUAAAAGGGGUGGGGUCUAUAAGGGAUUUUAAUGGUCCUCUUGUAUGAAAUUCUUAUAGACCCCAUUUGACCUUAUUAGUAGGAUCGAAUUAUUGUGCCUCAAUGUUGUCCAUGUAC